AUAGUUCAUUCAUUUGUCACAUUUGCAUUGUAAAAAAACCAGAGAGACAGCAAUGAGGCCUUCAGCUGCAAACUCCACCACCGCGGCUACUGGUCACGACGCCAUAUUCAGAAACUGGAAUUCUCCGAUGCCAUACCUAUUUGGAGGCCUAGCACUCAUGUUGGGGCUCGUUGCGGCAGCGUUGCUGAUUCUUGCUUGCUCCCUUCACAAGAGCUCAAGCAGCAGCAGUAGUGAUCAAGAUCAGAAACCAACUAGACCAGUGGACAUAGAGGCUGGAGAUUCUGAAUCCAAAAUUCUUGUCAUAAUGGCUGGAGAGAAAACACCAACAUACUUGGCAAACCCCAUCACAUGUUCUACUACUCUCUCUCAUGCACCAAUCUGAUCAUCAAAACGUCUGAGUUGAGCUUUGGUUUGGUUUUUCUAGUUUAAUUCUAGUUUGUCUCCUCCUCCUACUACUACUACUGCAGGCUUGUCAGAUCUUGCGGAAAUUUAUGUAAAUUGAAGAGAGCAUUAUAAUUGUUAUACAAACAAUUUUCUUCCCUUGA